AACAAAUCAAAGCUGCGAGAGCCCUCGUGCCUCUCACGGCAGGAUCGUUUUGAGUUUUCUCAGUUAACUUAUAACAAGCUCCGCCGUUUAUCUUGUCGGCGAAUCUACCUCCAUCCUUACUUCAACCCUAAAGCUUUGUCUCUUUUUCCUGCAUCCCUAAGCCUCUGCUCAUUGCCGGUCACCCUAUUUUUUCAUUGCUUUCGUUCCAUUUUAGCUUUUUUAUAAUAUAGUUGCCGAUAAAUUGCCAAUUUGUCGCCGUUUCUUUGUUUCAUUACCGUAUCUUCACUCACUGCUUCGUCGCCAUUACGGUCAUCACUAUCAUGGCCUUUCUUACUUUAGUCUUAUCCAAUUGCGACCAAUAGAGUAAAUCCACGAUAAGGGUAAACCCUAAGAAUAUAGAUUGAGAGCGCUUGGCUAUCAAUCUUAAACCUUCAUAUUUGUUUCAGCUGUCGAAACCCUUGAAUUUUGAAGAAACAGAGUGGUAGUUAAGUAAAUAGGAGGCAAGAUGAGGAUUAUGAUAAAAGGUGGUGUGUGGAAGAACACGGAGGAUGAGAUUCUCAAAGCGGCGGUUAUGAAAUAUGGGAAGAAUCAAUGGGCUCGAAUCUCUUCGCUUCUCGUUCGUAAAUCUGCUAAACAGUGUAAGGCUCGCUGGUAUGAGUGGCUCGACCCAUCCAUCAAAAAGACUGAGUGGACCAGAGAAGAGGAUGAGAAAUUGCUUCAUCUUGCUAAGCUCAUGCCAACUCAAUGGAGAACAAUUGCGCCAAUUGUUGGCCGUACACCAUCUCAAUGCCUUGAACGCUAUGAGAAACUUCUUGAUGCAGCUUGUGUUAAGGAUGAGAACUAUGAGCCUGGAGAUGACCCACGGAAAUUGCGUCCUGGAGAGAUUGAUCCAAAUCCAGAGUCAAAGCCUGCACGUCCUGAUCCUGUUGACAUGGAUGAAGAUGAAAAGGAGAUGCUUUCUGAAGCACGAGCUCGGUUAGCCAACACUAGGGGCAAAAAAGCAAAAAGGAAAGCUAGAGAGAAACAGCUUGAAGAGGCUAGGAGGCUUGCAUCCUUGCAAAAAAGGAGAGAACUGAAAGCUGCUGGUAUUGAUACGCGGCAACGCAAGAGGAAAAGGAAGGGGAUUGAUUAUAAUGCAGAAAUUCCUUUUGAAAAGAAGCCUCCUCCUGGCUUUUUUGAUGUUGCUGAUGAAGAUAGACCAGUGGAACAGCCUAAGUUCCCAACUACCAUUGAAGAACUUGAAGGGAAAAGAAGGGUUGAUGUAGAGGCCCAGUUGAGAAAGCAGGAUGUUGCAAGGAAUAAAAUUGCUCAAAGGCAGGAUGCCCCAUCAGCUAUACUACAAGCCAACAAGUUGAAUGAUCCAGAAACGGUAAGGAAAAGAUCAAAGCUGAUGCUUCCUGCACCACAGAUUUCAGAUCAUGAAUUGGAGGAAAUUGCAAAGAUGGGUUAUGCAAGUGAUCUUGCUGUGAGUGAGGAACUAACCGAAGGGAGUGGUGCAACACGUGCUCUUCUAGCGAACUAUGCCCAGACACCACAGCAGGGAAUGACACCAUUGCGAACUCCACAAAGAACUCCUGCUGGUAAGGGUGAUGCUAUCAUGAUGGAGGCUGAAAACUUGGCUCGGUUGAGGGAGUCACAGACCCCAUUAUUGGGAGGAGAUAACCCAGAGUUGCACCCUUCAGAUUUUUCAGGGGUAACCCCCAAGAAAAGGGAGAUCCAAACACCAAAUCCAAUGCUGACCCCUUCUGCAACUCCUGGAGGUGUUGGUCUUACUCCUAGAAUUGGCAUGACGCCAUCAAGGGACGGGUACUCUUUUGGUAUGACACCAAAGGGAACUCCCAUCAGGGAUGAACUCCAUAUAAAUGAAGACAUGGAUAUGCAUGAUAGUGCAAAACUUGAGCAACGAAGACAAGCUGAUAUAAGAAGGAACUUGCGGUCUGGUCUUAGUAAUCUUCCUCAGCCCAAGAAUGAAUACCAAAUAGUUUUUCAACCACCUCCAGAAGAUCAUGAAGAAGCAGAGGAGAAGAUUGAAGAGGAUAUGUCUGAUAGGAUAGCUAGAGAAAAGGCUGAGGACGAUGCAAGACUGCAGGCUUUGCUUAGGAAGAGAUCAAAAGUAUUGCAGAGGGAACUUCCUAGGCCUCCUACUGCUUCAUUGGAACUAAUUAGAAAUUCUUUGCUGAGAGCUGAUGAAGAUAAGAGCUCCUUUGUUCCUCCUACAUCAAUUGAACUGGCUGAUGAAAUGAUACGGAAGGAGCUUCUAACCUUACUUGAGCAUGAUAAUGCAAAAUAUCCGCUAGAUGAGAAGCAGAAUAAGGAGAAAAAGAAAGGUGCCAAGCGAGCUGCAAAUGUAUCUGCUGUUUCUGUCCCUGUGAUAGAGGAUUUUGAAGAAGAUGAGUUGAAAGAAGCUGAUAAUUUGAUUAGGGAAGAGGCUCAGUAUAUCUGUGUAGCAAUGGGACAUGAAAGUGAAUCUCUUGAUGCAUUUGUUGACGCACACAAAACAUGUCUAAACGAUCUGAUGUACUUCCCCACUCGAAAUGCUUAUGGUCUCUCAAGUGUUGCUGGAAAUGUGGAGAAACUGGCAGCCUUACAGAAUGAAUUUGAGAAUGUGAAAAUGAGGUUAGAGGCUGAAAGAGAGAAGGCGUUACGCCUUGAGAAGAAGGUUAAUGUUCUUACACAGGGUUAUCAGACACGGUCAGAGAGGCAGCUAUUGCCACCAAUUGAGUCAAUUUUAAAGCAGAUGGACACUGCUGGAACAGAACUUGAGUGCUUCCAAGCUUUACAAAAGCAAGAGCAAUUAGCAGCAUCACAUAGGAUCAAUGGCCUCUGGGAGGAAGUUCAGAAGCAAAAGGAGCUAGAACAAACUUUGCAAAUGCGGUAUGGAAAUCUUGUGGCUGAGCUGGAAAGGAUACAACAUAUUAUUGCUGAUUACAGAACACUAGCAAAGCAACAGGAAGAAAUUGCUGCAAAGAAUCGUGCGCUUGAGUUGGCUGAGAGUGCAGCAAAACAAUCUGCCAUGCAUAACUCAGAAACUUCUGUGCCUAUGCCUUCAGAUGACGUUGGAAGUUCUGUGCCGGUUGAUUCAUCUAAUCUUGAAAUCUCAGGGAAGCAAACAAAUGCUGCUCGAGACCAUGUUCAUGCCAGUCCGAAACAUAGUACAAAUGAUGAUUCAGAUAACAAGCAUACACCUAUGGACACAGAUGCAAGUUUAUCUACUGAUGUACAUUCUGUUGUGGAGGGGGUGCAUACUACUCAUGUACCCAAGGCCGAUGAAAAUAACAAAGAUGGAGUUCCUGCACACAACUUGAUUAACCAAGGAGAUAAUAUUCCUGAUGUGGUGGUUGUGGAUGGAAAUAAAUUGAAUGAUGAAUCUGUUAUUGGGAAUGCUAGUGAUGUAGCAAUUAGCGCUGAGGUUAUAAAGGAUGGUGCAGUUGCUGAGGACCAAGAAAUUGUCAUGGAAGCAACAAAACCAGAUGGUGUUGUAACCAAACAAGGAGACGGUGAUGAAGAUGAGAGGACAAAAUCAACGAGGGAUGAGGUAAACGUUGUCAAUUCUGACUAGAUGACUGCUGAUAAGGAUGGGCAGAGAGAGUUAUGAUAUACCUGAACGGCAAGUUUUAAGGUGUGAGAAAGUCGUCCUGAAAUUUUGCGACAAUAGCUUUUAAAAAUGAAUGGAGCCCUGAAUUCAAGUUUGUCUUGUAUGCCCCUUAUUUAGUUACUCUAGUGGUUAAUAAGGGACUUAUGCGGAACGUUUCCACAAUCUGUCCAUUCUAUGUUUUUGCCAGAACUGGACGCGUGUGCCCAUUGUUUUGUGCUGUUUAAAAGAGGCGAGAUUAAGAAAAUCCAGUUAUAUGUAUGGUAAUGGUAGUGUGCAAUGCAAGUGAUUUUAGAUCGAGGAACUCUUAUAUCUGUGACCGAUAAUGUGCUGUGAAAGUUGUAAUUCGCAACAGAUCGACACAAUUAUAGCUGCGAAGAGGUUGAGCUUUGUUGCUUGAUUACUCUUUCCCAACGCCAAACUCUGUUUUCUGAA